CGCCUGAGCCUGUAACCCUGCACAAAAUGUGUUGGGAACGGAACCUGACAAUGUGGGAAGCUGAUUCACGCUUGGGUAGCGUACACUUCAUGUCUCACGAUUCGCACCCAAACAGAAUCAUUCAAAAGCUUUGCUUGAUCGACUUGGGAUUCUCCUCUCCCUCCCUCGCUCGCUCUCUCCCUUCCUUCCCACGAUCUUGAAUCCUUUUCUACGCUUCCGCCUUCACCGCAUUGUUUAUUCUAGGCCUACCGAGGGAAUUGUGAGUGUUUUUUUCCCCGGAGAAUGCUGGAGUUCGAGCUCGCAUUUUCAGAAUUGGCGGUGGCCUGUGAUAGAAGUUUUGGGGAUGUGGGUCUAGGCUUCUGUGGGAGGGUUGAUAGUGUGGCCGGAGCUUAAUGUUGCCUCUGGGUGCUCUGGUAACCCGAGUGGAGGUGGUGGAGGAGGAGACGAGGUUUGUUGGUGAGGUUUGUUUGCUGGGGUAACCAUGGCGAGUGAUGGUAGUGGUCUGCGUAGAGUGUUGUUACUUGUGUGCUUGGUGCUCUGCGUUGCGACGUUACCUAGACGUGCUGGAGCUUGGGGAGCUGAUGGGCACCACGCUGCUUGCCUGAUUGCAGAGCCUCUGCUCACACCCACAACUUGGAAGGCAGUAAAUUCCUUGCUUCCGGAGCGUGCGAAUGGGAGUUUGGCAAGUCUUUGUACUUGGGCAGACGACAUCAAGUGGAUGUGGAAGUAUCAUUGGACAGCUCCUCUCCAUUAUAUCGACACACCUGAUUUCCUCUGUCGAUACGACUACGACCGCGACUGCCAUGACCAGCAUGGUCAGAAAGGCUUCUGUGCAUCGGGAGCUAUUAACAAUUUCACAUCUCAGUUGACAAAUUAUGAACUUCCCAAGGCGAGCCGGCCUCUUCUAACGAAGACUCGUGCAUCAGAGUAUAACUUGACCGAGGCUCUUCUCUUUCUAGCACACAUUGUAGGGGAUAUACACCAGCCUUUGCAUGUAGGUUUUACCUCAGACGCAGGUGGCAACACUAUCACAGUGCACUGGUAUCGACGCAAAACAAAUCUUCAUCAUAUUUGGGACACUGAGAUGAUCGUUAAGGCAGAAGAUGUGUACUACAACAAGAGCCUCUCUAAUAUGGUGGAUGCUAUCAUUCUUAACAUAACCAACAACUGGAUUGGAGAAGCGCAGCUGUGGGGUGAAUGCCCGAAGGGAGAAAUCGCGUGUCCCGACACAUACGCAGCUGAGAGUAUCAAAUUAGCUUGCCAGUAUGCGUACAGGAAUGCCACUCCCGGAUCCACCCUCGCAGAUGAGUACUUCCUCUCGCGCCUGCCAAUUGUGGAAACAAGAUUGGCUCAAGCAGGCGUGAGGCUUGCUGCCAUUCUCAACCGCUUAUUCGAUACCAAGAGCGCCUCCCAGCGUCUUGCAUCUCACUAGUUCUGCCAUUUAGAAUACCCCUCUCUUGUAAGGUCAUGGCCAGCCCACUUUCUGACCAUCUAUUGUCAUUAUGAUUUUAUCUCAUAAUACAUCCACUUGUCCAAUGUCAGCGACCGGGGACAAGUGCAGGACCACGAGUUAUUCUGUGCAGAGUAUCUCACUUCGAA